AUGUUGGGCUUCACGUUCGACUGUCUGUCACCCUUCUUGGUGACCAGCUGGGUGGACGCAAGAUCCGUCAAGAUUGUCGCUCAUGCUGAGCUCACAAAGAAAUACUCAUCCCUGCUCCCAGGUCCAGAUAUCCGCCUUUCCUUCCCUUCCGAAUCUAUUGAAUCGAUCGAGAAGCUGCGACUUGGUCGCAUCCGAGCGUUCCUCAACGACCUAGUCCAGGACAGCCUUGUUCACCGCACACCUCCUUUCGGUCAUGGGUAUUUCCUGUUUGUGAAGGGGAACAAGCCUCUUAACCUUUGGGAUGAAAAUUCGGUCACCCUCAAGGAUGUCAUGGGCUUAGACUCGACCGAAAUGUGCGGGAGGCUCCUCAUUUGCCCACCUCCACUUAUCGUGGCGAUCCCCAAGAUGAUUUGGGAUACCACAUCGACAACCAGCCAGUUCCGAACAGCUCUUGAAGACCAGUUUCAAAACCUCGACAAGUUCAUUUCUCGCCCGGAUAACGAAAACCUCGAGCGAGCCGAAAAACUCGCAGAGUAUGUGGAUCAAGGGAUGGAGUAUUACGAAAAGUCAUUCGAGUCCAUCGACAAGACCAAAGACGCAGUGGAAAAGAUCGGAAACGUUCUAUCGAUGGUCGACCUGACAAGAGUUUCAAAAAUUCUCGACACUCUCUCCAAUUUUGGAGAAAUGGUUCCCUUUGUAAGCACUGCUUUCUCGAUCUUGAAGUUCAUUACGAAGUGCGCGACUGAGGCGGCAGCCCUUCAAAAGGAAAUUACCAGACUUCGAAAUACCGCCGAAGAUCUCAAGCACGCUAUUGAGUCGCGAUAUUUGGCCUACUUUCACGCCAAUUCCCACAUGGUCAUCGAUGACCCUGAACUAGAGAAGCGGCUCAUGUCUGCAAUGAAGGAGGCCAUCGCAGCUGUGCAUGCCACGCUUCAAAAGCACGUCGAAAUCAAGUCCAGGAGUACUAUCCCCAGUAUGAUCAAAUCCGCCCAGGGCGAUACCGACACCAGUGAUAUCGAUAAAAAUCUCGAACGUGCGACCUUCAAAUUGCUCCUCAAAGAUCCUAUUCAUUUUGCGAUCGAUCUUCGGGUCUAUUGUGCUCACUUGAGCAACCAGGAGGCCAAGAACUUUUGGAGGAAAAAUCGAUUCAAGUUCUUGGUCGAUCUCGCUGAAUUUGAGCAGGCCCUGGAAGCGCAAUUUUCAAAUUUGUGUCUCAGCCUUGGCUCAUUUGGGAAGCUGGUCUCGAAUCUGAUCAACGAUAAUCAUGACCAGUAUAUUUCCGUCGAUGAGUUUCAAAAAUGGCUGGGGUCUCAGAGCCUUGAGGUUGCCAUCUGUAAUUCCGUCCACAAGAUUGACAUCCUUAAGGUCAACGACCAGCCAAUCGGUCAGGGCAGCAUUGAUAGCCUUGUGAGUGCCUUGCGAAACCCUUCCAGCAUGAAGACCGAUUUGAUAUUCCAUGUCAAUUCACGGUUUCCUGGAACAAGGACUUGGAUAGUCGAUUAUAUUUUCCGAUGGGUAUCCAGGGCGGUCAAAGGGACCCUUAGAGAAGAUAAUCCCAACCAAGCCACUAUAUUGAAGCCGGAUGAAAUCGACAACAUCCUCAUGCUCACCGCCGCACCAGGAUACGGAAAGUCGAUUAUUGCCGCCAUCGCAGCAAGUUCGCUCCGAGACAUCCAAAAGGAUACAGUGCCCCCUGGCUCGUCCGAGACAGUUUCAAGCGCUGCCGAAUCUGAGAAGAUUCUCUCUGCCGUGUAUUUUUUCCGGGCUGAUAAGCCGAAUCGUGUCGACAUGGUCACUUCCUUGGCACUUCAACUGGCUGAGCAGAGUAAAGCCUAUCGAACGUAUCUUGAGGAAAUCACAAAGAUUAUUGAUGAGAUCGAACAUCUUGAAGAUCACGAAUUGGAUACCAGGCUUGCAACUUUGGCGCGCCUGAACCCCAGUCAAGGUAAAUUACCAGAAGUACCUUUUAACGAUCAAACCCCCCUCGACAAUUCCAGCGCCCCGAUGUCCGAGAGACAGCACCCAGACAGAAAGGCCUACGAUAUUUUGUUGGGGAUUGUCAAAUACAAAACAAGUGGCGCUGAUGGCUUUUACUCAGCCCACAACAUCCGCCAUCAAUUCGAAGUUUUAAUUGCUGCUUUCCCAAGAAUCAAGGCUCUGUCAUGCCCGAUCGUAAUCACGGUUGACUCGUUGGAUGAAUGCCCCCAGACAAUCCAAGCAAAAGUAUUUGGAUUCAUUCGAUCCUUCCGAGAAGUGGCCCCGCCAAAUAUCCAGCUUAUUCUGACUUCCCGAACAAGCGGAUAUAUUUACGAACAGCUGGAAUCGAAACAAAUCCAUUCUACCAGGGCUCACCUGGAAUAUAACGCAAGCAAAACCAUGAGCAAGUUUCAGCUUUCGAAUCUUGAUCCAGGUUUCAUUCAAAAAUCGGUUGAGAAUGACCUGACCAUAUAUGCUCGCGGAUUAGCGGCCAAAUUCCAGAUGAGAGCUUUCAACAAAUCCCAGAUCACAGAAAUCAUCACCAAGUCAGAGGGAAGAAUGCUCUGGAUUAAACUCGCAAUUAACGCUAUCAGAGAUAAAAUGGCACAAGGUACCACUUGGCUGGCCACCGAAUCAUUCACCCCUGCCGCUGAACUUGAUCAAGUCUUCCGGGACCUCCUGCAAGUUACCAGCGCGAGAAUGCCGAGCGACCUUGGCGAAAUCUUCCCGCAGACGAUAUCGACCGUCCUCGUUGCCUUUGAGGCAAUAGGCGAUGAGGACCUGAGAGACUUUUUCUAUUACAGCCACUCCAUAUCGAUGACUCAAUUCUUGUCCUUUGUAUCUUCUCAACUCGCGCAAGCGGCCCAAAAUUUUUCAGAUCCGAUCAUCUCACGAAAGCUCAUGCCCGAGGAUUAUGUUCAGCCUGGGGAUUUGGAUUGGCUGUAUUUCAGCGACCAUGAGGAAAGUCCUCGCUUGCUUUUGGACAACGAGCGCCACCAGCUCUGUUGCUACCUCGCCUCGAAAGGAAUAAGUCGCAGACAUAUUGUGAUGUUCUUGGACCGUCAGCUCCGAACUAUCCAGGACAUGACUGAGUAUCUUGAGAAGAGUGGAACGAUCGCGGCUGCGAAUCAUGAAGUGCCAUACAUCCUUCUCGACCCGAAAAUGCGAGCGGAUAAUCAGCAGUUUUAUGCUUAUAAGGCAAUUCCUAAGGUGCGCAAAUACCAACGAAGUCACAAAUCUAUCAAAGACGCACUUGAUUCCUCUCAAGACUCUCUUGCCAACAGGGGCCAAGCUCCGCUUCGACUUCAGGAUUACCACGCGACAAUGGCCCUUGCUUGCCUCCGAAUUCUCACCGAAGAGAGACCGGCUUAUCAUUACCAGGGAUCGUAUGAAGAAUACGGCAAAUCGAAUCGUAACCAAAGCGAUAGCAACACCGUCACGCCUCCAAACAAGGCACUCAAUAUUCAUCUUCGCCUCCAUUGGAUGAUGCUCUCAACUGAUCGAGAUGCUAGUUUCAGAUCGAUUUUGCCAUUUUCGGUUGAAUAUGCCUGCAAAUACUGGGCCGAUCAUUUGUUUGAAGUCAUCGAGUUUUGCUCGAACCACGGAAGUGACGACUCUGUGAUCCAGGCCUCUCACAAUGAUGUGCCCCUCAGCGAGUUUUUCGAAGCCUAUCCCAAGCUCCUUCAGCAGUUUGCGACAACGACGAUACUCUACUGGAUUCAAGUCAUGGCUCGCUUGGGUCAACUCUUCAAAGUGCCUGAUAUCCUUCAAAACGCUCAAUACCUCAAAGGCAUAACAGAGACCACCCGAACACUACUGAAGGAUGUUCAGCGAAUGCUUCGAAAAUAUCAAAUCCCCAUUCUCGAAGAUCCCGCUGAUCUCUACAGAACCAUUCUGGCACAAUGUCCCCUAUCGUCUGAGCUCCGCCAGCAUCUCCUUCCAUCGGAAUCACAUUGCAAAAUUGUAAUUGCACUUCAAGGGAGCUGGGGAACUCGUAUGGCCACCUUCAAGUCUCAGCUCGAAUGUGUGGCAACGGUUGCCUUUUCUCCAGACGAAAACUAUCUCGUCUCGUGCUGCGACGAUAGUUUGGUGAAGGUUUGGGAACUCUCAACCACAAAUUAUGUGAGUGCGAUGGAAGGUCAUGAUGAAGGGAUAUGGAAUAUUGACGUUUCCCAUGAUGGGUGCCUGCUGGCAUCUUGUGGUGACGACCGCACCAUCCGGAUCUGGGAUUUCAAAACCGGAGAACUGUUGCGUACGCUCGAGGGUCACGCCGAUGAGGUCAUUGGCGUGUGUAUUUCAAAGGAUGGCAAGAAGAUUGUGUCGUCAUCCGGAGACAAAACUGUCAAGAUAUGGGACAGUGAAUCUGGAAAGUGUAUCAAAACCCUCAAGGGGCACGAAGCUCCUGUUCGAUUUGUGAAGCUCUCGGCUGACGGCAAGACCAUCGCUUCAAGCUCCCAGGACGGCUGCGUGAUCCUGUGGAACUGGGAAACUGAAACCUCCAAGAAGCUUCGAAGCCCUGAUGAUAACAAAACUACCAAGUCCAUAAAUCCCAUUGCCUUUAUUUCGGAUGACAAGUUUCUUGCCAUCGGCGUAGCUGAUGGAUCAGUACAAAUAUGUUCUAUCGAAACAGGGAAGAUUGAACAAGUUCUCCACAACGCAUUCUCGGUGCGAUCUCUGGCAUACUGUCCCAUCAACAAUCGGAUUGCCGUCGGCCUUGAAACAUCUAAUGUUAAUAUUUGGGAUCUCGAAACCAAGGAGUGCAUAAGAUGUCUCAAAGGCGAAGGCGCUCCCAAUUGGUCUGUAAACUUUUCCCCAAGUGGCGAGUUGCUUGCGACAAGUGACGAAGUUGGACAUAUCACAAUCUGGGAACUCUCCAACAAAGAAAUUGCAGCCGAAAAUGAAAGCGCUAAAUCAGAUGCUCACUGUCUGGAGCUCUCAUCCAAGGGAAAUAUUUGCGCCGUCGCAAGAUAUAACGGAACCGUCGAAGUGUGGACUUGCGCUGACCACAGGAGUACUGAUGUACCCACCCCACAGCACCUUUUGGCCAACUCCCUUACAAUAUCUCCGGACGAAAAAUUACUCGCGGCUCGUUUAGAGGAUGGCACAGCCGUUCUGUGGGAUCUUCCAUAUUUGGAAAAUGCUCGGUACAUUGAGGGUCUCACGGGAACCAUGAUGAACAUUUUGUUUUCCAAAGACAGCCGUUUCAUCAUGACUCUGGGAAACAAGUUCGCCAAGGUGUUCGACGUUAAUUCUAUGGAAGUCCCCGUCGCAGCUGGGGGGAGAAAAACCUUGAAGCUGGCAACACAACUCAGUGCCUACGAAAUCAGUCAUCUCGAUCGAGACUGCUUGAUAUUCGAAGAGUUUGCGAUGGACAAGGAGCUGGAGGAUAUGAUCAAAGAAGAUCAAACUGUUCCCGAACUCCAGUUGCAAACCAUUGAGCAGGAGCGAUGGAUUGUCGAAACCAAGACAAAGGACAAACUGCUGUGGAUUUCCCAGGAGAUCUCGAGCGAGCUCCUCCGUAUUGUUGGACGCAGGAUCGCCAUGGUUUCUGACAAUGGAAUCAUCUCCGUUUACGAUUUGAGUUGUGGGCUAUCUUAG